AUGACCGCCACGCCUGUUUUCCGCGUUCUGAGCGUUCUUCUUCUCGUCCCCUUUCUUGCAACCUCUCCUCUUUCAAGCGCUCAUCUCCCAUCCCGAAUUCCUUCACCCUCGAGUUGUUUUGGGUUGGCUCUCAGCUUUCCCAUUUUGCGAUUCCCCUCUCAGCCUGGCCUCGAAGGGUCUGGUCUCCUGAUUUUAACUGUACAUAUCUUUUCGAUUUUUCCUUUUAUGAUGCGUCCGGAAGCGCUUGAAUCAGGCUGA